CUCCCCUGGCCCCGGCCCGGCCCGGGGGAGGGGGCUCGCGUCUCCUCUUUCCGCCCGCGUCCAGCCGCAGCCGCAGGCGCUGUCCCGCCAGCUGAUGCCCGGAUGACUCGCGGGUGAUAUUUGUACAAGUGCUUCAAGUUUGUUUCUACAAGAUGUGUUCCACAAACCCAGCAAACUGGGUCACUUUUGAUGAUGAACCCCUCUUCCCAUCUCCUCCAAAAUCAGUUGAAAAUAAUAAAGCAAAUGGUCUCAAGCUCAAUCUUCCUAAUGUGCAUGAAUCUUCCAGUAGGUCAUCUUCUACGGGCAGCACUCCACUUUCUUCUCCUAUGGUUGACUUUUAUUUCAGUCCGGGACCUCCUAGUAACUCUCCACUUUCUACACCUACCAGAGACUAUCCAGGAAUUCCCUGCAUUCCCAAAUCAGGGGUUCAUAUACUUUAUCCCAUUCCUGAAUUCUCAUCAAAUAUUAACCUUCUCCCACCUCCUGGAAUCUGCUCUUCUCAAAAACUGGGCAGUAUGCCUUUGAACACUGCAGCUAAUGAUAAUCCAUCUAAGCUUUUGGUCUCCAAGUCAACAGCCACAGAUGAAGUAAAUCCUACUUGGAAAGAAAGCUGUAAUAAGUUAGAAGAGCCUUUGGAAUCUGACUGCUUCCAGAGUGACCAUGCUUUCUUGAGCCCCUUUUGGAAAGAAGGGUGUUUGCCCAGCAUUUCUACGUCUCAUGCUAAUACACAAAGCCAUAUUUGCCACGAUCAGAAAAGCCUCAAUCAGGGUUCAUUCAACUAUAUCUGUGAAAGGCUUGAACAUCUUCAAACUGAUGCUCAGGCGAUGGGACGUCUGUCUGUCUCUAGCACACAUGCAUGGUGUCAUCCCUGUUCGGUCAUUCCACACAGUCUGUUCAGGAAUCAGAAGAAGGAGGGUUGGCCUUUCAUGCUGAGAAUUCCUGAAAAGAAAAACAGGAUGUCAUCUCGGCAGUGGGGCCCUAUUUACCUUAAAGUUUUACCUGGGGGCAUUUUACAAAUGUACUAUGAAGAGGGCCUUGAAAAACCUUUCAAAGAAUUCCAGCUACAACCCCACUGUAAACUCUCAGAGCCCAAGCUAGAAAACUGUAGUAUUUCAGGAAAAAUCCAUACAGUGAAGAUUGAGCAUGUGUCUUAUAUAGAGAAAAGAAAAUACCAUCCCAAAGUAGAAGUGGUCCAUGAACCAGAGACUGAACAGAUGCUGAAGUUAGGAACUACAGAGUUUAAUGACUUAACCGACUUCCUUGUGACAGUUGAGGAAGAGCUGAUGAAGCUUCCUGCCCUUUCUAAACAAAAGAGAAAUUAUGAGGAACAAGAAAUAAUAUUAGAAAUAGUAGACAACUUUUGGGGGAAAAUUACUAAAGCAGAAGGAAAACUUGUAGAAAGUGCUGUCAUCACACACAUUUAUUGUCUAUCCUUUGUGAAUGGAAGUACCGAAUGCUUUUUAACUUUAAAUGAUCAAGAGCUCCAGAAGAGAGAUGAAUGUUAUUUUGAGAAAGACCUGGAAAAGAAAUGGAUUGAUAUUCUUGACUACCAUUUCCAUAAGUGUGUCAAAACACAUGAAUUUGAGCAAACAAGAGUUAUUAAGUUUACACCCCCAGACGCUUGUAGGUUAGAACUGAUGCGUUUCAAGACUCUGUAUAAUGGAGAAGACCUUCCGUUUUCUGUGAAGGCUGCCGUAGUUGUUCAGGGAGCAUAUAUAGAGCUUCAGGCUUUUGUAAACAUGUCCUCGACUGCUCUGAUUCCAACCCGCUUGCAUUCCAUGAAAUACUGUGAAAAUGUCAUGAUACAUUUUCCGGUUCCUGCACAGUGGAUCAAAGCACUUUGGACUAUGAAUCUCCAAAGGCAGAAGUCUCUGAAAGCCAAAAUGAACAGAAGAACAUGCCUUGGUUCUUUACAUGAAAUUGAGUCUGAUCCUGUAAUACAAGUCUCAAUUGGAACAGCAAAAUAUGAAAGUGCCUAUAGGGCUGUUGUGUGGAAGAUAGACAGACUUCCAGAUAAAAACUCAAGUCCAGAUCAUCCACACAGUCUGUCUUACAAACUAGAACUUGGAUCAGACCAGGAAAUUCCUUUGGACUGGUAUCCAUUUGCUACUGUACAGUUUGUCAUACAUGAUGCGUGUGCCUCAGGGACUGAAGUGAAAUCACUGGGCAUAGAGAGUGAUGUUCAGCCACAGAAACAUGUGAUUCAGAAAGCUUGCUACAACUGCCAGGUUGAAAUUGAAAAGAAGUGGAUUAGGCUUGAUGGUGAAGACCCAGAUAAGGCUGGCAACUGCCUUAUGCAGUAGGAGAAGAUGAGAAGCUCUCUCCUGUAUUGUUAGAUGUUCUUUAAUCAUGCAAACAGUAGGGGGAAAUAUUAGUGGGGGUUGUAGUAAACAUUAGUAAACAUCACUAGCAAAAAGUACAAUGACCAAGUUUGAGAGAGAUGCAGCAGUUGAAAUCCAGUAUUUGCAAUUUUUGUAACAUCUUUGGGUCCAGUCCUGAAAAACUGUUAUUCAUUUAAUGAGCCCUCAUGCAAGCAACCACUCUGCAGUGAGAAUGCUGAUGUGAAUGAGGACUGCUGGUACAGCUCUAGGUUUGCUGGACAUGAGCCCUUUGAAAACUAAUUGUAAUAGACAUCUGAAGAAAAUAUCCGUUGCUUAGUUUGCAACAUGGAGUGUGAGACCUUUCCUAAGAUGGCACUGUUAUAAAGGAGUUUGCAUCAGUUGGGUAUAUGGGGCCAGAUCCUAUUCCACCUAUUGGGCAUCCAGAUAUCUGGAUCAGUGCAAUUUUAUUCCACCCUGCUCAGUGCAAUUUUAUUCCACCCUGCUCAGAUCUUUGAAAAAACUCAGUAUCACAUUGAUUUCUGUCCAUCUUAGCCUUUAAGGCAAUGUCACAAAAACUGACAAGGGAAAGGCCCAACCUACCAUUUGCAUUAAGAAUUUUCUAUGGAGUUGAAAAGGGUCUCACAGGAUCCACAUAGACCCAUACUUGCGUAAGUGCCUCUGAGAUCCAUAGUUGGUACAAUAUGACCCCACGGCAUUUAGCAAUAAAAGCAUUCCAGGUACCACACAUACAGCAUCUGUACAGGACUUGACAAAACUAGUUGCAUAUCUGAGUGCACACUGCAAGCAUGGUCUUGUAUUCCUCCCCUUACUGUUCCCUUCCAUGUUUGUGAACAGCUCAAGCUUAGAAUUAUUUUCUAUAAAGAGCCUGUAUUAAUGCAUAGGACGUGGGUGACUUAAGUGGUUGGAUAAGUAAACCUCCUCAGGACUAACAUUCCUAAUUUUCUCUCUUCUGUGGCUAUAAAUGCUACUUUUGUGGUAUACUCUAGCAUUAUUCAUUGCAAAGUCUUGGGCAGUGUACCUGAUUGAAAUUCCCAUGCUCAGACAAGGCAAAUUUAUUUCAGAACUAACAGACCAAACUAAGGUCUGGGUCCUCUGCUAGUGGAAAAGAGCAUAGCCCCAUUAGGUUCGGUGAAGUUAUGCUGAUUUAUGCUAGCAGCAGGAUGUGGCUUUUGAAUUGAGAAGGUGGCUAAUCGUUACCAGUUGUUUGUGUUCUUUUGGAUCUCCUUCAAGAUUUGAGUACCAGAUGUUAGUUUGAAAGUAGAGCCUGUUUUGCAUCACUGCCUUGACAAACUGUUACAGGGGACAUAAACAUACACAGAAAGUGAGAUUUUUCUUUAUGCUGCCAGCUAUAAAGACAUUUUCUACAGUUAAAAAGAAGCAGCAACAGGAAGACUUCCAUACCUAAUAAUGCAAGAAAACAUGUUUUAAUGCUUCAAAGGCCAGUGUCAGCAUGAGAAGUGACCGGGUGCUUAGAAGUUUAAACAAGUUUUUAAUGUAUUAAUGAAUUUGGGAGGUGUCUUCCAGUUUUCCCUCAUUGUUUGCCUCUUUUUGGAGCCAUCUGCUUGCUACAUGGAGAGAUCAAAAGAGAAUAUGAUGAGUUCAGAAAGUUAUGUUGAUAUUUUUUGCUACAGUUAUGCAAAAAUUAUCCUUCCUUCAAACCCAAAUCCUUUGAGAACAAAAAUAUAAUAAUGCACUAAAUCUCACUUUAUAUUGUGUCACAACUAUAGCUGUUUAUAUGGGCAUUCACUACAAAUUUAGAUAAAUGUUAUUCCCCCAAAGUAGAAAUACUCAAGAUAGGUUUAAAAAAAACUAUUAGUCUGGAAACAAGGCCAUAUCAUGAGCCUCAUUCAACACAGUAAAGUGUUUUUUCCCCCAGGUGAAAGCACAUAAUGAAAUGGAUAAUAUAUUUUAAAUUCUGUGUACUUCAUAGCCAAAGUCCAUAUUGUUUAUGAUGAUAUUUUUGUUUAUAUGUUCCUUAUUGGAACAUUGUUUUAUGAUAAAAGCCCUAUAGUGAAAUAGUAUUACAAACUAGAUUUCAGAUGCUGCAUCUUUUGUGCAUGUUUUGACUGGAGACGCAAUUAACACCUUCAACUUUGUUCAUGUUUAAAUAUAAUUAAUCCAUUUGUUUAUUUGUAUUUACUUGUGGUGCAUUUAGUUAUUUGCUGAAUGAAAUGGUACUCUAGGAAAACAUCAAUUUCCUUAGCAUUAAUUUAAGCAGGAAUCUGGAGUUCACUUUGAAUUAGCAUAACCAUUCUCCCAUUAACCUUUCCCUAUUCAGUAAAGAAGAUGAAGCAAAACACUCUUCGCCUAGGUUGGUAGCAUGGCUCCCUCCAUAAGCCAUUCUCUUGUAUGAAGGAAAUCAAGGUUCUAUUCUGAUAUCGAAGUGGCCAUGUCAACUUCCAGUUCAAAGCACUGUAGGUACCCAAAGUGUCUAAGAGCACGCCUUGUUCCAUAUGGUCCCAUCUUCUACUUGUGCAGUGAAAUUCUGCAGUCCUGCUUUUGUUCCCUGAAUUCUUCCUUUAUCUCUCUGCUUUCUUCCUUGGCUUUCAGCGUGCAGUCCUUGGUACUAUCAUAGACCAUCUUCUGCAGUCAUGAUGGAUUUGUUGGCUCUGCCAUUUGCCUGCUGCUGCCUAUGAUUUGUCUUUCAGGUCAGGGAUAGCACUUUAAAAUCUUGCAUCCUGAUCUCUCAAAAUAUGACAUAUACAUUUACCUGGUCUGAGUUGCUUGCAGCCAUUCCACAAUUUUCCUGCUCGGCAGGUGAGUCCACCUGGAGAGUUCUGUUUCAUGUUAUGCACUCAGUGUUUUUUCAGCUAUCUAAGUGGCAUUUUUGGCACUUGCACGGCUACUGAGCAUGCAUGAUGAGCUAUGCCCUGGACAGACAGCUAUGCAGGUAUGUACGUCUAUACUUGAGUAAGUCCUGAAAAAACAGGAGGACUCUUCUGUGCUUUAGCUCCAGUAGGUAAGUGGUUAGGGCAUUCCCCCAGGAAGUGGGAGACCUAGGGAUGUCCUCGGGCCCCCUCACCCAAAGGGAAUAUUAACUUACAUCUUUCUGACUUCCCAGCAUAGUAUUCUAACCACCAUAGAUCAGGCGUUAUCCAGUGGUCCCUCCUUCACUGCUUCUGAAGCUGAGUCACUGCAUGUAAUAGUCUUUGGAUGGAGAGCAGUGCGGAAGUUUCUGCCUCAUUGGAACAAGGCUCCAGGCUAGAAUCCAGGACCUGUUCCCUUCCAAGGCAGCAGUCUUUACCUUACUGUGUUCCUCUUGGACCCACAUACCUCCCAUCUCUUGGUUGCCCAAGGGACAAAAUUCAAAAGGAAUGCUGGAGACAGGACUGGAUAAUGCCUUUCCCAUGUCCUGGUUGUUGGAGCACUGUGCUGGCAAGUCACAGAGAUUCACAUUCAAGCCCUCAGUGGGGUCUGGGACCUAGAACUUGCAUUUCCCAGGCAGGUAUCCUAACCAGUCAGCUCUUAGAACUAACACCUGUGAGGGCACCCCUUCUCCGGCAUCUAACACAUACUAAUCACGGGGUUUUGCCAGGUAGAAUUUUGUGACUUAACAUCUAUCAUUUGCGUGUAUACAUCUAUGUAGUGACCUAGCGCCAGUGAAUAGUUUACUGCAUUUGCUGUGUAGCCACAGGGAUGUUAUGCAUCUACACUGUAUGGGUAAUAGAAUUACAUCCUAUGUGUAAGUGCCAAAAAUGUCGCUUACCAGGCUGGCAAAUAGGAUGGCCAUCAUAGAGGACAGUUCAGUCAUCCUCUGUUCUCUAUUGAUAUGAAACCUGACACCUUUAUGUCCUCUGUUUUUCUCUUGAAAAACAGAGGACAUAAAGUUGUUGGGUUUCGUAUCAAUAGAGGACAGAGUAGCAGAAAACCAGAAUGUCCUCUAUGAUGGCCACCUUACUAGCAAACUGUCAUUUGGAUUGGCAAAGUAAAAAAGAAUUUGGCCCCUUGUCUGUAUUGUACUCUAAAUGAAAACUGGAUCCUACAUUUCUUGUGAAUCCACUCAAAAAAAGAAGUCAGUCCACAGUCCUGUGCACCAAGUAGAAUUUUGGCUCUACAGGUGACACCUGCAAGUCUGUCCAUUAUCUUCAAGAGGGGUUGGAUUGGGAUCUUGGUUAGCUUAUUCCAAAGAAUUAUUUCUACACUGAAGACACUUGGUUUGUUCCAUGCAAAGAUAUCCAUUUGUAAGUCCUCAUAAUUAAUCAAGCCAAAGGCAGAAUUAAUUAUUCUACACUAGGGCUGUCCGGUUUUGGUGCAUACCAUGUGGGUCACAAUGUCAGGUCAGCCCAUCCCCAGGAUCCCUCCUUGUUUCAUGGACUGUGCUUACAACACAUGAUGUCCUCCCCCCCCGCACCUCCCAGACAGGGCUGGUGGCAUGUGGCACCCUGGCCUCUGGACUAUGUCAGCAGCACAUGGCUCUCCAUUGCAUAGGAUGCACCAGAGACAAAAGACUCCCUCCCUGCAUCAUGUGGCAGGGAGGGGGAGAGGCCAUUUGAGGAGGGGAGGAGAGGGGGAACUCUUGCUCCAAACCCUCAGCAGCUGUUAUGUUCUGGUAACUAUGUGUGGACAAGACGUAUAAUUUAGAUUGAUUCUGUCUCAGGCUUUUUGAAUGUCUGUACCUAGCCCUGGGGUUAAAAUUGGAGCAGUUUUGCUACAUUUGUAUGGCUUCUGGCUUAGACAUCCAUAACUAUUAGUAUGUAACAGCACACUCCCAAUCCACAGCUACACUUUUGAAAUGGUCCUCAUUUGAAAGGGCUCAAAAUAUAUGUGCGUCCAGAUCCAGUAUCGUGUGGUAAAACCAGCACAGCACUGAUUGCCCUGUGCUUACAUCCAGCCAGUGCUUUUAGGCAUGUACAUUUAUCCAAUUACACUGGUCACUUAAAAUGUCAGUGUAUAGUCACACUUACUAAUAAGCAGUGUUACAGAUACUACAUUUAUUCCUAUUGUUCCUUUGCUAAAUGACUACUGCAUAGUUCUGGAGGGUUCGAAGUCAGUUUUACAUUUGCAUCAGAAAUCAUUGUGGUCAGUAAGAUGCUAUUUGAAUUAAUUACAAAAUGUAUCACUUGUCCUGUUUGCUAAGAAGAAGUAAAGAACUAUUUCCUUUUACUGAACUUUUUCAGGUUAACUCAGACUAUUACAAUAUGAUUGUUCUGACCUGAAAGUUGAAUUUAUUCAAGCUCCCACUGAAACCAGUGGAAGUCUUUAAAUUUACAAAAUGUGAUUUCCAUCAAGGACUCUAAAAAUGAGAAGCAGCAAAAUAAUUAGUAGUGAUGGACGAAGCAAAGUACCAUAAAAUAUUUGCGACCCCUGUAAAUAACUGGCCUGUGAUGCUUGCUUGUUUCAAUUAGAAAUGAGAACAAAAGAGAGAAAACAGCUUUGGAAACCCUGCAAUGAUAUCUAGAUAAUUCUCUGCCUACCAUAUGUAUGGCCAUGCUAGAGAAGGACCACCACAUUUACUCAAGUAAUAGCUGUGGUACUCAAGUAAAAGAAAUCCUGCUGUGGUAAACUGGGGUGAAACCACUGCAUGUUUCCUAGAGAAAUAUGGAGGAAAUGGCAGCACUAGAUGAAAGUUGUAAUUCUGUGCUUGAACAUGUAGCUGUACUUUCUCAUCUUGCACAAUCUUACAGACAAGAUUGAAUGCAGAGCAGAAAGAAAGUACUGUGGUAUCCUGUGUGUGUGUUCCAUUCUUCAAAUUGUAUGUUUCAAGAAACAGACCUUAUUUUAAAAUCUGUUUCUUUAGAAAUUUGGUUGAGAUCAUUACAAGUGUUAAAUGUUUUUUAAAAUGUUGAGGCAAUAUUCAUGAGCGCUGCCAUUACACAAACAGAGCUAUUACAUGAGUAAGUAUGGUAAGUUAGUGCAUUUCAUUGAGCUAGUGCAAAGAUGCUGUUAUCUUUAUGUUCUUGGCUUGUUUCUAGAUUAUAAAACAUUAGCUCUUCAAAGAUGAUUAGCAUUUGAAGGAAAAAAUGCUUUCAGAUGUUCUUUUUAGUUAAACUUGACAAAACCCACUUUUUAAUUAAAGUACCAAUUUCUGUGUAACAAUUUUACGUCUAUUUGUCUUUUUUGGCCAAAAGCUAUACCUAGCUACUGAAGUUAGUAGUAUUUAGCAGUCAUUUUGAUAUUUUUAAAAUAACUCUGAAUUGAUACUCUUCAUCUUAAUUCAAGGUAUCAUUUUAUGUUGUGUCAGUACAAACAGAUCAUGCUGAUAAUCUUAUAACAAAAUUCUGCAGAUUGCAUAUUGAUUUAAAAAAAAUUAAAGUUGUAUUUCAGACUAUCA